AUGGAGAAUUUUACCAUUGAAAUUGACACAGAUUCUGACGAUCAUUUGAUAGAUGUAAGACAAUUGUUAGGAAGCGACGAUCUACGCGUAGGGUUAGAUGCUUAUGAACCUCUCGACAAUCUUCAAGAAGUGUAUUGGCCGAUUCGUCAUGCUAAAGUUGGACAACUAUAUUCGGGUGAUCCAGGACGAAAAACACACUGGUUAUUUGCUGAAAUUUGUCCGUGUCAUCUUGGAAAAGGUGAACCUACGUCUAACAAUACUUUGUUAAGUGGAAAAAUUCGAUCCCGUGGCAAACUCGGCGAUGAUUGUGGUCACAUUAUAGCUUGUUCAUUAGGUGGAAAAAUGGUGGAAUUCAAUUUAUUUCCUCAGCAAAAGUACAUUAAUCGAGGAUGGAAAGGUUGGAAUCAACAUUGGAGAAUAGGAAUUGAAUAUACAAUUUGGAUAUGGUUAAUAAAUCCUCGCCGCAUUAAACCUAGUGUUGAAUUUCAAGUUCGCUUCUUUUAUAAUGACCAAACAUAUCGAGACAGACCUGAUCAUGGAAAAUUUUUGAUAAAAUUUAAAUGUGACGGUUAUGAAAAGAAUAAGAAAGUAGAUAAUCGCGAUAAAAAAGAAAUUUCAAUGGAGUUAUAUACCAUUUUGAAAGGCGAUUUAAUGAACACAAUAGAAAAUGAAUCAGAUUCUGUACCAGAACCUAAUUAUGAAAAAUUCACUACUGCACCAGUCUCAAAAUUUCAUGAUCUAACUAGUGAGCAAUUUCAACAUUUUAUUUUGUUAUUGCUAAAUGAUUAUAAAGCAAACGAACAACAACAUGUAGAACCGACAUCAGCUUCAUCUGGAUAUCGUCCGACAACAACUCCACUUACAUAUAAGUAA